AUGCCGGUAUUCAACAAGGCCCGCAAGGCAUGGAAAAAAGUUGAGGAAUGGGCCAACGAUGACGAUGGGCGGCCAGAACCAGCUCUCCAGACUGAGGCGACGCUAGAGGCUGAGUCCCAGACUGAGUCCCAGACUGAGUCGCAGGCCAAUUCCAGUGCUGAGCCCCCGCCCAGAGUCCCCUUCUGCUACAUCAACAACAACAAAGCAAUAGCAUCGUCAUACACCUACGUACCACUCUCGGCCAACAUCAAGAGACCGAUCCGACUCCUUACUCUGCUCCCCGGACCGCGCGACGCAGACAUUCAAUGCCUGCUCACUGAUGCAGAUCUCGACGGCGUCGGGAGGGAGGAGGAUGCAGGUUUUGAGGCGCUCUCGUAUGUCUGGGGUGACAUGUCAAACACAACACCUAUCCAGAUCGGCAAUGCUAUCAGCGACAUUGGGCAGAAUCUCCGCAGCGCGCUGCUCCAUCUGAGGUAUGAGGACCGGCCCCGGACCCUGUGGGUUGAUGCGGUAUGCAUCAACCAAGACGAUAUCGACGAACGGAGCAGCCAAGUCGCGUUGAUGGGCGACAUCUACACCAAAGCGACCCGCGUCGUCGUCUGGCUGGGCUGUCCCUGUUGCCUCCUCGGCACCGUCGGACCCGAUCUCUCCUCCUACCGCAGAGAGGAGCUGAAGGAGCAGGUCGUUAAGGUCGAACGCCUCUUUAUCGCCAUCAAACUCCUGGGCCGGGAAGCGGCCGUAGUGGCGAAGGAAGGCCGUCAAGUCAUACCCAAAAAGGGUGAUCAAUACGAAGACGGCACGUCUUACGAACUGAUCCGCAAACUCGAUCCAGAUUGGGCGAUGGUCUUCCUCGAUAACCCCUGGUGGACCCGUGUGUGGACGCUGCAGGAGAUCGUCCUCGCGCACGACGCGAUCAUGUGCAUGGGCAGCGAAGAAGUGGGAUGGGACUUCCUCCGCAGUGCUACCGCGCACUACAUGGCCCUGGGCUUCGCAGCGUUCUCCGGGUUCUGGUUUGGGAAUAAGACCAAUUCCCGCCUCGAGCCGCUGAACAUGGUUAUCUCGAUCAAAGAGAUGCGACAGUCUGAAGCGGUGGUUGGCGGCGAUGUAGGCGAUGAGCUGCUGUACUAUCUCGCAUCUUCCCACUGGCGUGACAGCAAGAUGCCCCACGACAAGAUUUACGCCGUUCUUGGCUUUUUCGAUAAAGACCGCCAUGUCGGCAUCGACGUCGAUUACCGUUUCGCCCCGGCCAAUGUUUACCACAGAGCGACCAGGGCUCUGAUGGAACGAUCCGGCAACCUGGACGUGCUCGGGUUCUGCUACCCGUUCAAAGUCCGCCGCGUCACCGACCUGCCGUCCUGGGUACCCGACUGGGGCUCAACUGGCAACCUCGCCGCCCCUCUGAUGAACGACGCCAAGGGCAAGCUCCGCACGACUCACGCAUCUAAGGGAUCACGCUCGAAUCCCAGAUGGGAAGAUGACAACAUGACUCUGAUCGUCCAGGGCCACAUCGUCGACUCCAUCACAAAAGUUGGCAGCGUGAAGCCGGCAGUUUUCACAGACGACUUGAUUGAGGGGUCUGCCGACCAUCUGCUUAAAGAUCCCGCCGUGUUGGCCGCGGCCGAAUCUUUUCCGGCAACGUGGGACGAUCUCGACCCCGAGCGUCCGAUCCGUCAUCUCCUCUCAGAAUAUUGGAAGAACUUCAAAGCCGCCGCCCCCCUUGCGAAAAAGCUCCUGUCCGAGGUUAUCGGUGUGGUCUCGCACAAAGAAUGUUACAUCGAGUGGCAAGACCUCAUCGCCUCUGAACUCAAGGGCCACCCGGACCCCAACGUGGUUUUCCGCGACAUCCUCACCACGUCAACCCCGUAUCCCUCCGGACAGGCCGAGACCCAGCGUCGCUUCGAGCAGUGGCUCAAAGCCUUGUCAUCCGUCCGGCGACUCAAGGGCGUGAAGCUGGAUCGCAUCUCGCCAGCCAUGUUCAAGACGCUCGGCUUCGCGGCCGGGCUGUGGAAGGCCAUGGAGGAGGAUGAGGACUCGUUCUCGACGUACACGUUGCACACGGUUCGCCGGCGGCUGGGGAUCACGCAGUCCGGCCGGGUGUGUCUUGUACCCAAGAGAGCCGAGGUCGGGGAUGAUAUUGCCUUGCUUCGCGGUGGGAGGGUCCCGGUUGUUUUGCGUCCGAGAGCGGGUGGUAGGGGGCAUAUGGAGUUGAUCGGGGAGGCGUUUGUCUAUGGGAUCAUGGACGGUGAAGCGUUUGAUGAAGCCCAGUGUGUUGAGUUCAAGAUUGUGUGA